UCCUCUCCACGCUUCCGCCAUGAGAUUCCGACGUCCGCUCCGCCGCACUCGCUCCUUCGGGGACGCCGACGCGCCCUUCAUCCUCCCUCCCGUCGCCCCCGGCCCCCAGCUGGCUGCACCGGCCGCCGACGCCAACCCUGCGCCGCCUCCUCGUGUCGCGCCGGUGCCCGCCUCCCCUAACGCCCGGCUUCUCCGCUGCCCUGGUGCCAUCCCGGCGGUGCCUCCCCUCCGCGCCGUGCGCCCCCACGCCGACGCCCUCGCCAUUGCUCCUCCUCCCAUCCAGGUGCCCACGAUCCCCGCUCCUUCGAUGCAUCAUAUUAACAUCGGGUCUCUCAUCCCCUUCAAGGUGAGUCUGGACGACAACAACUACUCGAAGUGGCGCCAUCUCUUCUGGUUCGUCCUCUGCAAGUACCACGUCGAGGAGCAUGUGCUCGAGGAGGCCGACCCGCUCCAUGAGGAUCCGGUUUGGCGCAACGACGACAUCACGAUCGUUCUUUGGAUAUACGCCACUAUAUCCGCUGAACUCUACGACGUGAUCCAGUCGCCGGAGAGCACGGCGUACCACCUCUGGACCCAGCUGGAGGUCUUCUUCCGCGACAACGCCGCCGGCCGCGCCAUCCACAUCGGCGCCGAGUUCCGUGCGACGGUGCAAGGGGACAUGACGGUGGCCCAGUACUGCCGCCGUCUCCAACAGCUGGCCAACGCCAUGGCCGACGUGGGCGAGCCGGUCACAGACCGCUCCCUCACGCUGCAGCUCGUCCGCGGCCUGAGCCGGCGGUUCCACGUCAUGGCUACGCUCCUUCCCAUGCAGCAGCCCUUCCCCACGUUCGUGCAGGCUCAUUCGCGCCUGCUCCUCGAGGAGAUCGGCCUCAGCGAGCGGGAGCGCGCCGUCGGGGCAUCCGCCCUCACCAUCGACCACGCUGGCGGCUCCUCCGGCGGCUCGUCCUCUGCCGGUGGCUCGUCGUCCGCGGAUCGCCAGCCUCCCCCGUCGCCGCAGGACAAGGACAAGGGGCCCACCACUGGGAGCCCCUCCGGCGACCGUCAGCGCGGCGGGCGCAGCCGUGGUUGCGGCUGUGGCCGCAGCUCCCCAGGCGCCUCGUCGAGCUCCAGCACCGGGCGCGGCGCCGGCGGGCAGCAGCCCUGGCUGGGCUAUUUCGCCCCGUGGGGCUCGCCGGCUCCGAUGCCACAGCAGUGGCGUGCGCCGUGGGCUCCGGCCAACGCGGCCGGCGUGCUCGGGCCACGUCCCGUUGCUCACCACCAGGCCUACCCCGUGGCUGCCGGUCCGCCUCCCUCUGCACCAACCUGGGAUCAGCAGCAAGCCCUGUCGACGCACUUCGCCAACCUCCAGUUGCAGCCGCCGCCUUCCAACGGUGAGUGGUUCAUGGAUACAGGCGCCAGCUCCCACGUUGCCAACUCCUCCGGACAUGGCAACGGGGAAGGUUAUCAUGAGGUCCAGUAGCUCCGGCGACCUAUAUCCGUUCCUUCCACAUAAUGGCGGCUCCACGGCUCUCUCUGUUUCGAGCUCCGGCGACAUAUGGCACCUGCGGCUAGGCCAUCCCAGUCGUGCUUCCCUUUCCUUUUUAGCAAACAACUUUUUAGAUUCAUGUAAUAAGGUGCAAGGUUCUUCGGUGUGUGAAUCUUGUCACAUAGGCAAACAACCACGAUUACCAUUUUCUUCUUCUACUU